UCAAGGGUACCAUAGAACAGAUGACCAUGGCAUCUCUCUUUUCCUGUGGAUUGCUUUCAUGGACUCCAAUUCAGUGUGGUUCCCUGAUCACAAAUAAGUGAUCUUCAAAUAAUCAAUUUUGCAAGACUAAAACCCUUUUCCUAAAACCCUUUUAUUGCAGAAACUGUGCUAGAUCACUCAAGAGACUAUUACAAUAUAUGAAUUUCACAAGGACAAUGGAUACCAAGUUUCAGGAAGCAGACGGAUUUGGGGAGGAAGCUUCAGGAAAGAAGAAGUCAAAGUUUAAAUCUAUUAAAAAGUUCUUUGGGAAAAGAAAAAGGAAAGAAACAUUAGCAUCUUCAGGAAGUGGUAAUAUCAACAUAUGUCAGUCUGCAAUUGAUAUCACAGCCACACAAUCUGGGCAUAUUGAUUAUGAUUCUGAAGAUGAUCUGAACUUUCCAUGUUCUCCUAGGAUGCACAGAACUAUUAUGGGAAACAGAGCUUUGUCACAUGACAGCAUUUUCAUUUCUGAGACUCCACAAGAACCACCUAGACCAGUCCGAGUAUUUUCUCAGGAAAAUGUUUCUGAUCGAAUUAGGGCUUUGCAGGUGAAACUCCAGCAAAACUGGAAGCUAGGUCUCUCUUCUCCAUUUGGAAGUCCUUCAAAAAGACAAGAGGAUGCUGGAAUGAGUUCAGAAGAUGAUGGGUUACCCAGAAGUCCACCAGAAACAUAUUUGCUACAAGAAAUUCUAAAUCCCAAUACAUCAAAGUUUUCUGACUCUCACAAGCAUCAUAGCUCUUUGAGUUUAGCUGGAACAGGCAGUGAAGAAGAAGAACAGGUCACAAAAAGUCCUUCAAGAUCCUGUUCUACAGAAAGUCAGCUGUUCUCCCAUCAGUCAAGAGCUAAAAUUAUAACUCAACAAACAUUUCAUAGCAGCUGUUUGCCUCCUGGUGAUUUUGAUACUCUUCCGGAAUUAUCCUCUUGCUUGGACAAUUCUGCUGCUAAGCACAAGCUUUCAGUAAAACCACGGAACCAGAGAUCUAGUAGAAUAAGAAGACUACCUUUGAGGAAACUAUCUGAGUCUCAGAAUAACAUGAUCUGCACCCUUGAGGAAGAUGAAAGUGUUGGGAAGGAAGUGCUGGUUGAAAACUCCUACAAAAGUGUGACUUCCAGCCCACAGGAAUGGACUGAGAGCAGAGUUUCAUCCAGUAUGGUCUCCUCUGAGCUUCAGCUUAAUUUGAGUCACCCAGAUGAAAAGUCUUACAUGUCACACUCCACUUCUGUGAUGGAUUCACAUUCCUGUGAGAACUCUUCAGAGGACUGCCAAUCUGCCCAGGGAUUAAUACAUACUCUAAGGCUAUCUUCAGCUUCCAACCUCAAAGAAAGUAUUCCUACUCCACAGCAUGAAAAAGAGCACUGUGAAACUUUAGAGAUGCAGCCUAAGAAUUUAAGUGAUGUGCCCCUAAGUAUUUUAAACCAAGAAAAUAAACAGAUUUCUGAUAUUUCAUCAAAAAAUGACAUGAGAACUGCUAAGAACGUCUCUGCCAAAAAUUAUUGGAUUGCUGAAUCAGAUGAAUCAGAAAAAAAGUCACUGAAAGAUGCUAAGGAACUUUUGGAAAGUGUUUCUAAUAAGGAAGCUACAAAGGGAUCUUCUUUAUUGCCCAAUUCCAUAAUUUGUUUAUCCCCAAAUCCUUCCCAGCUUCUAGAUUUACUCCACCCAGAGAAUAGUAGUAUUUCCCAGGCUUCAUGCAAAGUUUCUUCGAUUCAAGGCAAAAUGAAAGCAACUCGAGAGAAACCAGAAUCUAAUGAUGAAAAACAUCUCCCACCUGUAUCUGAUGGUAUAUUGGGAGGGAAAGCAGAGAAAGAAGCCAGUGACCUUUGUGGCUUGAGAAAGUUUUCAGUGUCAUCAGCCCGGUGGAGAUCUAGAUCUAACAGCCUGAACAUGAAGGACACUUCAGAGUGUGAGAAGCCUCCUACCAUGCAGGUAAAUUUCUCCAUAAAUAGUGAAAAGAUGAAGAAUGUGGAUAUGAACUCUUCACAAGAGAAAAAAAGGUACAUUAAUAAACAGAAAUCCUCAUUACAGUCAGAAUCUGAAAUUCCUGGUAGAGCAUUAGACUCAAUGACUAUUGCAUCACCGGCUUUGGGUUCAAAACCAGCACUGAGCAACUCAUUUGGUAAUCUUCUGCAGCUGUCAAGUCUGGGCCAUUCAAGCUGUGAGGGCCAGAAUCCCUUUCAAGUCAAACUUAGGUCCACAUCUUUAUCACUGAAACACAGAGACAUUGCACAGGAAUCAAAGGAAUUGAAAGGAGAUAAUGCUGAACUUAAUUUAGAAAAAGAGGAGAUGAUUUUAUCUUCACUGAAAGUUGAAAAAGGAGAAAUCAGAAACACAACUGAUGGAAAUGUCACUGAUUUGUUCAAUGAAAGCUUCAAAGCUAAAUUAAAGUCCUCUGAACAGGGCAGCACAAAACCUCCACUGCCUAGAAAACCUGUUUUGCAGCACUUCAGUAUGGCCAGCAUUAACACAAGCACAGAAAGGCAGGAAAAGAUAACCAAAUAUCCAGAAUUUAAAACUGAAGGCAGAAAUGUGGAAAAGAAGCAGAAUCUCUCUGAAGUGCCUGAGACAGGUGUGUCUUCUCCUGUGAUUGCUACAGACUCUGCAAGAACAACUGGAGUGCCAGCUUGGAUUAGCAUAGCAAAGCAAAAGCGAAGGGUUGUAGAACAAGAGCUUAGCAAAGAAGAGAAGCCAGUGGGACAGAAUAAGGCAGAUGCAGAAAAACAAAUAAAAGAGAAGGAAGCAACAGAGGAAGCAGUAAGUCAACAGUCAAUUUUCCCUCAGAACACAGUCUCACCUUCCCCAUUCACAGUUUCUGCUGAAGAAACAAAGAAAGAGAUGAAGCUGGAUAUGCAAGAUUCUUCACUAAGAAAUAGCUUGUUAUCCCAUCAGAAUCCUGUUCAGUCAUCAGUGCCAAUUGAAAAAGAAGAUAUAAAGCCACUCAAGAAGGUCAGUCAUUCUCCAGAUCAACCCUCAUGGAUGGAACUUGCCAAAAAGAAAUCUCAAGCAUGGAGUGACAUGCCACAGAGGAGAAAGUAGAUAAAUCAUUUUGUACUGCUUUUACACAUCCACAUCAGCACUCAAACGUGGAUCAAAUGUUUUAGUUAAAAAAAAAAACUAAUUUUUCAAAUUAAACUGAUUGAAUUGAUAAGGAUAAUAAACCUAUGGUACACCAAAGAGGCCACAAUGGAAGAGUUUCAGAAAUGUCAAUCACAUUUGUAUAUGUUUAAAAAGUUACUAUAGGACAAUUCUAAAAAAUGACUACAAACAAUUAGCUUUGGCAAGAACUUAUUCUGAUGUGAAAAAUAUUGCUUAUUGUGUUUUCUUUCAUUCUUUCACCUGCAAAAUUGGUAUGUCAUGAAUAUUGGUAGAAGAUUAACUAAAAAUUUGAUAACUGUUGUUUUAAUACAGUGAGAAUAAUUAUCCAGUCAAAAUGACUUUGCUGAGCUAAAUAAUUACAACAGACUAGAACAAGAAUGUCUUUUCAGACAUACAGGUACAACAUUUUAAUGUGAUAGAAUAUUAAUGAAAAACUAAAACAGGUUUUAGUAAUUGCUUCUCAAGACAUAGAGAUGAGCUAAGACACCUGUGGUUUAGAUCCCUACCUUUCCUGAUAGAUGAAAACCUCCAUGGAGGUUACAGGAAGUUGGGUCAGGGUGCUGGUUAAGGUAUCCUUGAGAGAGGUGUUGGCCCCAUCUGCUUUGGAGGUAGUGGAGCCACCCCUUCCUGAGGAAGCCAUCAUUAGAUAAGUACUGUUCUGUUUCCAAUUUUCUCUUUUUAGGACAGGUUCUUAAGAAGGUGGUGCUCUAGGGGAAUCCCUAGAAGAAAUGGCUUAUCUGAACCUUUUUUCAGUUGGAUUUCAGACCUGGAUAUGGUUCUGAAACCACAUCAGUUCCUCUUGUGGAUGACCUUAGAUGGGACUGAGAUAGGGGUAGUGCAACUCUCUGGCCCUGCUGGAUAUCUCUGUGGCUUCUGACACCAUGAAUCAUGGCCAGAAGUUAGGAGUGGAAGGCACUGUUUUACAGUGGUUCUCUUUCCUGAGGGGGAAGUUCCAGUCAGCAGUAGUGGGGAGAAAGAGGUCAUGUCCUAAGACCCAUUGUUGUGGAGUGCCAUCAGGGCUCAACACUUUUACCCCUCCUGGGUCAAAUGUAUAUGAAGCUGCUGGAGGAGGUUAUCAGUCAGCAUGGGGUCUGCAGGUGAUGUCCAUUAUAUACAUCAAUCCCAGAAGAGAUUGAUUAUUCAGAAGAGAUGAGCUGUAAGGGCCUGGAGGCUAUCAGUGCCUGGAGGCUAUGAUGGUCUGGAUGGGGAAACAGGCUCAGGCUUAAACUUAGCAUGUUAGAGUGAGUGUGGAUACAGAAACCUUAUGAUUCCAGGGAUAUUCCAUCUUUGAAUCUGAAUGGGAUUGUACUUCCUCAUGCAGAACUGCUAGAACUUAAUCUGGGAGUCCUCUUGGACUGACAGUUCCUAUUAAAAGAGAGGUGGCAGCUAGGACCAAGAGAACUUGGUUACAUCUGCUGUGCUAGGUAUAACCAUUCCUGCUUACAGUCAUUCAUGCCUUAGAAGCCUUCCUUUAGAUUACUGUACUGCAGUUCAGUGUACAUGGAGCUGCCCAUGAAGUCUGUAUGAAAGCUCCAACUGGUCCAGGAUUUAGUUUCUGGAGUAAUAAUGGGGUGUAAUAAAACCUCUACUUUUAGAGGCUGCAGUGGUUAUCAGUGUGCUUCCAAGGUGCAGUUCAGGAUUCUGGGUCUCAUCUUUAAAGAGAAGAGAUCCAGAGAAGCUACUCUUCCCAAUCUUUUUGGACAGACCCCUGGAAGAGGGUGGAUCUGCAUACCUGUGGGACUGCCUUCUCCCAGUGGCCAAUAAGAUUGGGAAGCAUAGUCUCUUUCUGGGUCCUUCUCUUAGGGAUUCUUCUUUCAGCUGCAGCCCCUCUUCUUUGGAACACUAUACUUCCCAAAAUCAGAUUAGGUCCCAAUCUGCUAAAUUUAGGAAAGUUACUAAAACCUGACCUUUUAGGAGAGCACUGGGAUUUGAUCUUUAUAGUACUAUAGUCAGCCCCCAUGAUGGGUUUUUGUUUGAUAUUUGUUUCUUAGGUGCUGAAGUUUGUGUAAUUGCAAACUAUGUUGUUUAUUUUGAUUUUCUAACCUCACUGCAAGAGGGGAAUGUAAACUAAUGUCCUUUUUGGAUUGGAGUGGCAUAUAGGCUUGAAUGAGUAAAUAAAUAAAUACUCUCAUGGCUUAGUAAACUACUGCAACUCUUAUCUUGCUCAUCUAUAUCAGUUUUUGGUACCCUCCAGAUGUAUUGUACUUGCAAUUAAGGCUAUGCUGCCUGGAAGUUCUGGGCAUUGUAGUCCCCAUGUAUCUGGAGGAAAUCAGAUUGGGUAAAUCAGCUCUGUGCAUUACAGAAACGCUUAAUAUCAGAAGCAAGUACGAGUCUCUUGCACUCUUUUGAUUUCUGAUCAUCGAUAAAUAUUAUAUCAUACACUUAGUCCACUGCUUCUUCCCUCUGUCGAAAAAAAUACUCCACUGAGGACCCUCCAGUUAUUUGAAUUUCUGGAAGGUUCUUUAUCACCAGAACAAGCAGAUCUUAGAAAAUCAAGAUUUCUUGUUGUGGUUGUUGUCUUUUAGAUUUGAGAUUUGGAAAAAUUUGGGUCACAACUCUCAAAUUGGAGGCAGAAUAUUCUAAAGAAGCAGCCAGCACUCCAGAAGGAAGGGCAAAUAUUAAAGCUCAGGACUCUACUGCUGAGCGGACUGGAUGAUGGUGGGCUGCUGCUUUUGCAAAAGGGCAAAACAUUGGGUGGGGAGAUCCCUGGUAGGUCCAGCUGUUCUUCUAAUGCCUUUGGACAAAUCCAAACUUACCUUGAUGGAAGUAGAGCAAUGCUCUAACCCUAUUGGCAGAACUUGCAGUGGACUUUCAUUUUUUUAUAUAUAAUUUUUA